AUGAACACCCUGCCCCCAGGGUUGGAGAAUGUCACUAUUACAGGGCUGUUGCUGGUAAGCGCAAACCCUUGCAGCAAAACCUGCGGGCUGGGGUGGAGGUCUGAGUAUUACUGUAGAGUCAGCCAAACUGGGACUAAAAAUAACUGUGUCUUGAAAAAUGCCAUAUGCUUGAUCAGCCGGGACUGCGGUCUGAUCACCAAGACAACCACAGUGGGUACCCCCUUAAACAUCAGCUGCCUGGAUGACACAAUUGAAACAUUAGGAUCAUCUGAUUUUGUCUUUGUCUGGAAGAUUUCGAAAGGAAUUGUGACCACAGAUAAAUCUCUAUUCAGACUCUUCUCAUCAAGAAAUUUAACAGUACCAUGGAUGAUUAAUAUCAAGGACAUAAAGGAGAAGAAUGCCGGGACGUACAUGUGCCAAGUGCAGAACUCCAAAACAAUGCAAGUUGUAAAGCGAGUGCUUAUUGCAGUCCGAGUUAUCCCUCAGGACAUGGUGCAACUGAAUUAUCUCAAAGUUCUGUCACCUGAGCAGCAGAACGAAUUACAGACUCUGGAGGGGAACCCAGUGAAUGAGAAGCAGAGGAGGUCCUUCUGGGAAAAUGUGAAGGAUCUCUUUAAAAGUGCCAACAUGGUCCUUCGAGUGACUGUCACUGGUGUGGCAAUAGGGGGCCUGUUGGGAAUAGUUUUUGUAAUCUUACUUUUAUGCAUGUCAAAAAAGAAAUGA